AUGAGUGCUAUAAAAAGGUGGAUAUUGUGGGGCGAUACAGGACAUGGAUCUAUUGAAAUGAGUUCAACGAGUUCAUUUUCGAAGUCAUCAAUGGACAAAUUAGGAUUAAAAAAGAAGUGCAGAGAAGGAAAAGCAGAAUAUGAUUAUUAUCAACGGAAUGGUCAAUCCCUUACACGAUUUGUACUAUCAGAUGGUGAACUUCCCGAGAAACAGCUUCACUUACUUCGCCAUCCAAAGACGGGUAAUGCAACAUUAUAUGCAAUUGGAAAUGAGAAAGUAGAAGAAUUGUUAAAAUUUGAUGACGGUUUCAGGUCGGUUCUACUUGGUGAUAACGUGGUUAGUAAUGGUUCACUAAUUUUAUUAGUGCCGGUGAAUCCCGCAGUGCUGUUGUUGCCUUACUUGCAAAAAUAUGCGAAGGAUGAUUACGUAUCAUUGAAGGAUAUUUUAAUGGAUGAUUAUUUUCCAUCUAUAAAAUUGCUUGAGAAUGUUAAAGCUGUGAAAUCAUCGUUGAAGCAUGCUUGUCAUUGUAAGGAAUCAGAUUUCGACUGUGCUGUUUGCGGUAUUUUGGAGGAGAAUCUUCCAGAUGAUAUACUGAGGUUGGUAGAAAUCGAUUUUACUCAUGAAGGAAAUGAGGGUGCGCCACCGAAUAAACGUCAAAAAACCAGGAUUUUGAAAGCAGGGAAAGGAGAGAUAAAAUAA